AUGGCUAGAAGGUCCCGGAAAGAUUCGGAUUCGAGCGUUGAGACGGUGGACUUUAGCCGCAUUCGAUGGCGCGAGGAGUCAACGGUCUUGCGUACCUUGCCCCCCGAGACAGCCUCGAACCCGUGGCCGUGCUUCGAGCUGAGGGACGCUGUUGUUCUCAAUAAGGAUGGGACCGCUCUGGAGAAUGCGCUGAAUGUCCUCCUAGAUGGGCCCUUCAUCGUGCGCGGCACUAUGGUCAUUGAUGAGGACGACCAAAGAGAAUAUUUGGUUGGCAGGUUCAAGAACGAAGUCCCCAUUGAGAUCAAAUCGUGUAGUCUCUACUCGAUCGGUGAAGCACCCGGAGAAGACGCCAAAGGCGAACCGCCGAGUCUCCAGGUCCUGUGGGUUGCAGGCCAAGGUGGAUGGUUCGAGGUCAAUCCAGCUCCUGCGUAUCAACUCAUGCACCGAAAGAUCCGCGAAGCAAUCAAACUAUAUUAUACGAUUUACGAUAUAUACGAUACCUUUGGGGCACAAACUCUGAAUCGGCAGUCAAAGACGUCGAAUACAUCCGAUCCUAUUGAGAGACUUGCACCCGUAUUUCUUCAGUAUGCUAUUAGGGUAGGGGAUGGCUCAACCGUCGAGGAGGUUGCUGCCCGGUGCAAUGAGAUCGCCCCUUUUCUCCUGUGCCAGUUCCUAAAGACUGAUGAAGAAUACAACGACUGGAAAAAGACAUAUCUAUACAGGUGGCUUACCAGCAACCACAAGGCAAUGAACGAGGCACCCCCGAGAUCACACAAAGAAUCAUCUGUUAAUUCCGACAGCACUGCCCACACUACACGCAAGGGAACCCAACUACUAAGAUCAACAAGAACGAGAUCUGGGUCCAGUGUCGUCACUACCGAGGAUGCGCCAACGCCAUUAGAACAGGCGGGCACAACAACCAUCCCAAUACAUUCACGGGCCACUCGCUCGAGAUCCAAAUCAAAUAACCCAGUUCCUGAGAUACCUCAAAAAAGUACUCCUUCAGAAUCGGCUCAGAAUGGGAAAAAGAUACUGCCUGCCCCUUCAACGUCAACUGACGAUCAAAACGCCUUCAACUCGUUGCUGGAAGUUCUUGAAGACGCAUUUGACGAAUUGUCUCAAAAGAAGAAACCCCCCACUAAAACUCAGAUUCUGAAUAAAAUCUACUUCGGAAAUAAAUUUCCCAAUUACAGAGCUGGCCCCGGCGCACACCGGCUUCCCGUUGAGGAAGUUUUUCACUUCAACGCUGCUCGAUUACUACAAGUACUUGACAAGAAGAAAUAUUCCGGGUCCGAAAUUUACGCAUACAUUCAGCAGCUGGCGAAAACAAAAUUCGAGCCCGUAGCGCUUGCGCCGGGCAAGUUUCCUUUUCUAAUUGUUCCUCGGAAGUCUAAGCCAUUCUACCCCCGGACUGCAACGAAUCAAGUCAUUGAGACCGCAUCUGGCCUCGUUGACGACGACUCGGAAGCCCACGAUGACAUUCCCGAGACACCAAGGGUGGGAAAGAGCACAUCUUUCAGGCGGGCUGGCAAAUCCACCCUUCGCCCAGCGACUAGCACCAAGAAACGGCACCACUCUGAUAUCGAGAGCGAUUCCGAGUCACCUUUAGCUCGAGAGGCUAAGAAAUCACAUUACUUCUCCGAUAAUGAUGAGAGCAAUGAUAAGAACGUGGAUGAGUCGGAUGAGGGCGAAAGCUCUUUCGCGUCUGUUGAUCCCAUUAGAUUGGUUAUCCGAGCGGACAAAAUACCGUCAACAGUUCCUCGAGGCCCUGACAACGCGUGGACCUGCGAUGAGGAAGACUGCGACUACAUGGUGCGCGGAGGGGAUGAGGAGGAUUGCAAGGCCCGGAUAAACGAGCACUUCCAUGCUCAUGAGCAGCAGCACAACCGAGUGCAGCUUGCAAUGACUGAAGGCACCCGUGGCCAUCUCCCAGUAAACCACCUACUAGAAAAACUCAAGCGGCUCGGGGAAGCAUCCAUCGAGGAGGAACCGCGCACAAUCGACGGGACGAUCCUCCCCCAGCCAAUCAGGCGGAAUCUGAUAGUCUGA